AUGUCCUCCUUUUCCUUCGAUCCCAUGAUGGAAGACUUUUCUGAAAGCGUUGCCACACUUUAUCCGGACAUGGGCGGCGGCGACGACUACGUGGUUGGCAACUCGUUCUCAGUUGAUGGUAGUGCUGACAGUAAAGAUGUAGAUCCUGUCGUCGCUGAUUACACACCUCUGCCGCUUAAAGACGACUUUCUUGCGAUCAUUCGUCGUCAGCCAAAGCAUUCCUCAGCUUCUCAGAGUAGCGUAAACGACUGCUCAUCUUCAAUGGACGACCACAUGGAACAGUCGAUUCCUGUUCCACGAACUUCCUAUUGCGACGAUCCUGAGUCUCCAUCACGAGAUAGAAACAUCUUCAUUCGCAAUUCCAGAAAAGUAUCCGCCGUCACACCUGAUCAUUGUGUUCGGAACACGGUGCUUUAUCCAUCUAUUGAUUGGAUCAACUAUCAGGAAGCAAUCGAUGUGGAACAACGCGAUACGGUCGGCGAAGACGAUUAUUACGGCUCACAUCCUUUACAAUACCCCUCAGAUGAAUACGCACUGUACCGAAGAAAAGUGGACCUUCAGAAUAGUUACCAAGAUACGCUUCGAAAUCUUGCUGAAUGCAUGAAGCGGACUGACCGUUCUCGCGGGGCCAUCUUGCAAAGUCGCUUUCUUUCCAAUGACCGUACAAGAACAUCCGACUUAGUAUUUUUGACACGGACGAAAUCAACUCAAAACCUAAAGCGUAAGGAAUCUCGGCUUGUUCUCAUGUCUUUCAUUCUGGAAAGCUUGAAAUGA